GUAAGAUGGCCGAACCAUAAGAGGCCACAGCCGCCGUCUCUUCUUCUUCUUCUUCUUCUUCUUUUUCUUCUUCAGCAAGCACUCAAUUCUCAAGAGCUAGUUUCUAAUAAUCCGUUGUCCUUUUUUCGUCCUUUUUGUUAUACUUCAGAGCUGUGCUCUUCCAAAUCUACAACUUCUUUUUACUUAAUAUUCAUUCUUACAGUUGCUGGUCAACUACCCUCUAAUUUAUAUCCUCACAAAGCCUCUCGUCCAUAUACUCUAAUAACUAGCUCUUCUUGCUCAUUCAAAUUUAAGCCGAACGCUUAUCAAAUAUAUCCACAUUUUAACGCAUCUCGAAAAUCGUCAAUAUGUCCGCUAUUCAACUCAGCUUCCAUCUCCGCACUUCCUCAACUGUCAAGACAGUCCACCUUCUCGGGUCAUGGGACAAUUACGCAGGCCAACUUCCCCUUGCUAAGGACAGGAACUCCUCAAAGUCCGGCGCAUGGAAAGGUACAUUCAAGUUCCAAGGUUCUCUGCUCCAGUCUGGUCAACGAUACUGGUACUACUACAUUAUCGAUGGCUACCAUGUCUCCCAUAACCCAGGUGAAGACUCCACCACCGAGCCAACCACCGGUCGCAUCCUGAACAUCCUCGAUGUUGCAUCCGACAAAUCCAAGUCUUCCAAGUCUUCUUCCAAGUCCUCAUCAUCCAAGUCCUCCUCCUCAAAGUCCAACUCCUCCUCCAAGCACUCGAGCUCCAGCAGACACCCACCCUCGUCCCGCCGCGAGUCCCGCGCCCUCACUGCCGACAUCCCAAAGGGCCGCCCACUCUCCAUCUCGCAGAUCCAGUCGCCAAAGCCUUGCUCACCGCACGCGACAAAGCACAUCCUCGAGGCCGAGUACGGUUCCAUGAACCCAACCACCAUUGAGGAGCUCACCUCCCGCUUUUCCGAGUCCACAUUCGACGACUACGAGUACUCCAGCACACCGCCCUCGUCGGUCGGCUCGUCGCUCAGCUCUCGCUCAGACUCUUCCAGCCCAUCGUCCGUCUCCAGCGGUCUCUCAGACUACUCCAACAGCUCCCAGUGCUCAUGUGAACGCUACGGUAUCACCCGCACUGGCGACAGGAUUAAGCUUGACUGCGGUGGCUCCCGCUGCGGCUACAGCGACGAGGACUCCUGCUGCUCCUCCUCCGAUGACGACGAGGUACCCUCCUCUGCCCGCCGCCAGGGCAUCGUCGUCCGCCGAUAGACAACCACUGCUGAGACUUGCCGCAAACUCGCAUGCCAUCCCAUGUAUCUUAAUCGGGACGGAGCGAGCAGCGCAGCAAGGGACUUUCUCAACCCCCAGGACUACAGGACCAAGAUGCAGCUCCCCUAAGCAUUCUUUUAAGGAGAAGAGCGCACUUGACAGAUCCGAAAGUUUAACCAGGCGUUAAAGCCGGUCUUUGACGCCCAUCACGAAGCCGAAUCCGCGGCAACAUAGUUCGCUAUUGCGUUACCAAGUACAUGCACCCGCCAGCUGCCAAUGGGGCUGGCGGGCCAAGCAUGAGGGGAGGGUUGCGGAAUGCACAGAGUGGCAUGCGCCGCUGAUGAAAGAAAGCGCAUGCGUGGACAAGAGGGAACACGGUGCACGGGGGCGCGCAAGGGGCCCUAUACUGCCAGUGACGGACGCGGGCUGCAAAUCAUACUACUCUAUCUUAGCUAAAGGAAGAAGAGCAGAAUAUAGCGCGACUUGUCUAUCAAAAUCUGUCUACCAGACUAUACC